ACUCCGGUUGGGCGGUUCUUGCAAUUAGGGUUAGGGUUUUUCUUACUCUCUGUCUCUCUGUAUCAGCUCUUGGGUGUCCAUGGAUCCAAUCUCCAAGAAACGGAAGCCCGACGACAAUGGCGCCCUUUCCUCGAACCUUACUCUGGACGAAGCUCGUCGUCUAAUCGAUUCCUUCUCGCGCGAUCAGCUCCUUGACAUCGUCUCCUCCGCCAUCUGCUCCGGCGCCGGCCCCGUCCUCGACGCCGUUCGCCCCAUCGCGGAUGGCGAUCCAGCCCGUCGCAAGUUGUUCGUUCGUGGCCUUGGUUUGGAGACCACCUCCGACUCUCUUCGCGUACUCUUCUCGAACUAUGGUCAGGUAGAGGAGGCCGCCGUCAUCUGCGACCGCGCCACCGGCCGGAGCAAGGGCUAUGCUUUCGUGACCUUCCGGCACGCGGAUGCCGCGCUGCUCGCCCUCCGCCAGCCUAGUAAGCAGAUAGGAGGUCGCAUGACUGUUACCCAGCUUGCCUCUGCUGCUGCUGCUGCUGCUGCUCCUGCUCCGGCGGAGGAUGUGGCGGCGAGGAAGAUUUAUGUGGGGGGUGUGCCGGCGGAGAUGCCAGCGGAGAGGCUGCUUUCUCACUUCUCGUCGUAUGGGCUGGUGGAGGAAGGACCCCUGGGUUUUGAUAAACAAACAGGUAAAUUUCGGGGAUUCGCUCUGUUUGUCUACAAGACGGUGGAGGGCGCACAGGCGGCGCUGCUGGAGCCGAGCAAGAACAUUGAUGGGCAUUCGUUGGUGUGUAAACUCGCUAAUGAUGGGAAGAAGGGGAGACCUGGAGGUGCACCUAAUGGACCUCAUGGUCAGCAGGUUGGUGCUGGUGGUGAUGGUUCCGGGCUUGGUUUACAGCCGGGAUCACUUUCAAGCCAGUUUGGUGGUCCUGGUGGUGGUCUCUCAUCGUACCAGCCCCUGAACUCAGCUAUGGGUGGCCCUGGGCUAUCUUCAGUUGAGGGCAUGGGUGGGAGUUAUCGAGGAGGUAUUGGUGGGUCUUAUGGUUCUUCAGGGCAGUAUGGUGGACCUGGAUAUGGUGGUGUUGGGUAUGAUGGAUUAGGGAUGGGUGCUUCACAGUAUCGAUUGGGGCCGGGGUCUGGUGGGCUGCCCUCUGGAGUUCAUCCUGAGGGUGGCAAAUAUGGUUUGUCAUCCUCUAUGUAUCAGAGUCAGCAUCACCAGGGAGGAGGUUCUUCACCAGGACGGAGAGUGCCUGCAGGAGGUUAUCCAAACAUGCCACCUUACUAUUAGGUGUGUAAUCAAUCAUGGGAGCAAAUGCUUGAGAUGGUUGUGCUGAAUGCCAAAUGUUAUCUGCUUUGACGAAUGGUUGGAAUGCUUCUAGUCUGCUUCGAUGCUAUAUGUUGGUUCUUAUUUUGUAAUGAGUAAUUUUAUUCUAUGUUGCUAUGUUAUGGUUGGUUGAAUUGAUUAUCAUCUGCUUCACUGUUUAUGACUUCUCUUUUCUUUUCUUUUAUAUAUGCUGAAACCGUCUAUGAAUAGAUAGUUUUCUGUUCUUGUCCUCUUCGCAAUA